UUUAUAGACUCAGCCGUAAUGGAAUCAUAGAUAUCAGUGACGAUAAAGAUGGGUCACAACUGCAUGCUCUUGAUGGUGGUAGCAAUACCAAAAAGAAUAUUGUUGGCAAGGUUGAAAAUGCUUCACCACCCAAAAAAAUAGAAGACUGUGAUGAUUAUCUCCAUGCGGAUGACAAACGCCUAUUAAAAAAUGUUGACGGUCCAAGUUCUGCGAAAAAAUGCAUCAAACAAUUGACAAGCAGAUCUACGACAGAAAAAAAGCAAAUGGCAUCGAUCGAUGUAGUCAUUAACAUAUUGAAACAACAUGCAUUCAAAUCGCACAUGCUAUCAGAUAAAUAUCUUGAGGGAUGCUCCGAAACAUCAUUAAUAGUUAAAUACUGGGGAAUGGUCUUUGAGGCCUACUUUUCAUACCAUCGAGACAUCCAGUUACAGUGGGGCGACACGAGUUCAAGCAUCCAGCAAGUACGGCAUCUUUUCAACCUUGAUCUCCGGGUUUUGGCGACUAAUCACACCACUCACAUCGAAGCAGCAACUGGCGAAGUUGCCAAGGUUGCAGCUGUGACGGAAACAAAACUUUUCCAAGAUCGACUUAAAUCCGUACUAGUAUCAAAAGCGCACCUGAACUCUAUCCUGAAGAAAAUGCCGAACAUAACAGAGAAAAUGAUCAAAAGUAUUCAAGUACCGAUAAUUCAGGUAUUGGGUACCACUUGCUUUGUAUACUCGAUGACUUUGAUUGAUAAGAAACUGUAUACGUUACAAGAAGUAUGUGAUUUCCGAUAUCCUCGCACAUACGCCGAUUUGAGAGAUGGUACCAUACUACUAAAACUUCUCCGUAGUUUGGAUUUGGUUAUGGUAAGAUGCUAAAUAAAAAGGAAAGAUAGAAGGGGCGGAGAAAUUUACAUUCGAGAGCUAAGGAAUAAUAUACUUUUUAUCUUGUAGAAAAUGAUCACUGAAUUGACAGAGAUGCAAAGUAACUAUAGCAGAACAACGACCGAUAAGGUGAAAAUGAUCUUGAAGAAAACAACACGGAAAUCGAAGCCGAUUGUGUUAAGUGAUUGGGUAGCUAAUGUUGAGUGGGACGGAGUUGUGGAAGAAAUGAGUGCUACAAAUGAAGAGGAAGAAAGCACGUCGAGUGAAGAAGAUUAAAAGAACAUAAACAAUAAAAACCAUCAUCAUUUGGUCAUUACAAGUGCA